GGAGGAAGGGGAUUUGCCGGGAUGGCUGGGCAGAAACUGGCUUGUGUCCUAGUAGGCUGACAGCAAGAACGCUUGGAGUUUGCAGCUGGCCGGAGCGGAGGCUUCCCUGGGGCUGAAUCUCAGGAUGAAAGCAGGACUUGCUGCCUCGGUUUCUCUCCCGCUGUCCUUCUGCCCCUCCUCUUCCUCUGGACCAGCUACAAAUGGAGAUGUCUGAAGUGUGGCCCUCCAGGAGCCCCCGAAGUUGAGAAGCCGUCCCUCCCCUCCCUUCUGUGGGUUGCUCCAAAAUGACCAUGGCCACCUCAGGGAGCGAAGAGAGCUACAGCAUCCAAGCCACCGCCACCAUCGCGGCCGUCACCACUUUCCUGAUCCUCUUCACCAUCUUUGGCAACGUGCUGGUCAUCAUCGCCGUGUUGACCAGCCGGUCUCUGAAGGCUCCUCAGAACCUUUUCCUGGUGUCCCUGGCGGCGGCAGACAUCCUGGUGGCCACCCUCAUCAUCCCUUUCUCCCUGGUCAAUGAGCUGAUGGGCUACUGGUACUUCAGCAAGACCUGGUGCAAGUCCUAUCUGGCGCUGGACGUCCUCUUCUGCACGGCGUCCAUCGUGCAUCUCUGUGCCAUCAGCCUGGACCGCUACUGGUCAGUCAGCCAGGCCAUCGAGUACAAUUUUAAGAGGACCCCCCGGCGAAUCAAAGGCAUCAUCCUGAUGGUGUGGUUGGUCUCAGCGUUGAUCUCCUUGCCCCCACUGGUUCUCAAGGAGAACCAGAACCUUACCAAAGAGGACAUCCCCAAGUGCGAACUCAACGACGAGCCCUGGUAUGUCCUGUCCUCCAGCACCUGCUCCUUCUUUGCUCCUUGCGUCAUCAUGAUCUUGGUCUACCUCAGGAUCUAUUUGAUAGCCAGGCGCCGGAGCAGACACAGCUCUCAAGCGAAAGGGCCCAACGAGAAGGUUCAAGGGGAGAAGUUGCCAAGCAAGGGGAGCCCACCAGAGGUGGCUCCUCCUCCCAAGGAGGACCAGGCCAAGCCAGGAGGGAACGUGGAGCCGAAUGGACUUCAGGUCCCUCCCCAGGAAAGUAACCAAGUGGACUCCCCUUCACCCUCCACCAAAAACGAUUCUCUCCAGAGCCAGGAGGGCCGGGAGCCAGAGCCAGAUUCUGCUGGAAGCCCUUCUCCAUCCUUGCCGGAGAAGAAGCCAUCUUCAGAAUCGAGCCCCAUGGACUGCCUCCCAAGCAACGAUGUCCAGAGGAGCAACGGAGCACCGUCCAAGUCGCCACAAGGCAUGGACACUUUGGCCACGGCCGGAGGGGAGGUCCAGUUGGUGAGGAAGGUCAAGACGCUCAGCGCCAACCCUUGGAAGAAGAAGACCCACCUCAACCGUGAGAAGAGGUUCACCUUUGUUCUCACGGUGGUGAUUGGGGUGUUUGUCAUCUGUUGGUUCCCCUUUUUCUUCCUCUACAGCUUACGGGCCAUCUGCCCCUCGGGCUACUGCUCUAUCCCAGACAGCACCUUCAGGUUUUUCUUCUGGAUUGGCUACUGCAAUAGCUCCUUGAACCCAGUCAUCUAUACCAUCUUCAACCAGGACUUCCGCAAAGCUUUCCGGAAGAUUCUCUGCAGGCAAUGGACUCAGACGGCUUGGUGAGACCGGCUGGGGUCUCCACGGGGAGAGAGACCAAGGGGGAACAUGGUGGGGUUUUGGGGGGGUCCCUCUCUUGACACAACUCUAUAAACAAAAAACCCAGAAACUUAUUUAUUCAGGGGGCCUUUUGUGUCAACAGGUGAGGAAUUGAGGUGAGUGCUGGAUCUGACGUGAGAUUUUUUUCAGAAAGUUUUCUGGGGAAGCAAGUGUGUAUGUGUGUGUGUGUGAGAGAGAGAGUGUGUAUGUUUCCAGAGAGAGAGACAAGUAGGAGGUUGUGAGCUCGAUCCCAGCUAGAGGCAGAUGUAGGAUCUCCUGCUUGGGCAGGGGGUUCGACUAGAUGACCUGCAAGGUCCCUUCCAAUUCUGUUAAUCUGUUCUCUGUCUGCGUACAGAAAUCCACACAUGGACAUGGGUGUUGUUUUUUUUUCCCAAUGUAUGUUUUUCACUAAAAUGACUUUGCCAAAGUCCAAA